AUGUCGCGCGCAUCUCCCGUCCGAUCGGCAGGCGCGCAGGAGCUACCAGAAGAUGACAACAUUGAUAUAGAGCAAUUAAUCGCACUGAUGCACAAGAGACCUGCUCUAUGGGACAAAUUUGACCCAAAGUACCACGACAGAAUAUUGAAAGCGAGAUUGUGGGAGGAAAUAUAUCAACAGAUAUAUUUUACUUGGGAACAAUAUAGUGUUGGUGAAAGAAAGCAAAAAGAGCAACAAAAUAUUCACCACCUACACAAAAUGUUAUGCCACCUAGAUUUCGUCAGUCAUCAUCAUCGCAUUCAUCAUACAAUCCGAACACGCCAUCACCGUAUCCAAAUACGCCAUCAACGUAAACCAUCACCCUAUCCUAUAUAUGCUAAAUCUCCGCCUGAUCCGUCUCCUCAAACUCAGUAUACGCCAUCUCGUAAUCCAUCUAACAUUCCUCAAUCUCCGCCUGAUCAGUCUCCUCAAACUCAGUACACACCAUCUCGUAAUCCAUCUAACAUUCCUCAAUCUCAGCCUGAUCCGUCUCCUCAAACUCAGUACACACCAUCUCGUAAUCCAUCUAACAUUCCUCGAUCUCAGCCUGAUCCGUCUCCACAAAAUGAGUUCACGCCAUCUCGUAAUCCAUCUAUCAUUCCUCAAUUUCCACUUGAUCCGGCUACACAAACUCAAUUCACUCCAUCUCGUAAUCCAUCUAUCAUUCCUCAAUUUCCACUUGAUCCAGCUACACAAACUCAAUUCACUCCAUCUCGUAAUCCAUCUAUCAUUCCUCAAUUUUCACUUGAUCCGGCUACACAAACUCAAUUCACUUCAUCUCGUAAUCCAUCUAUCAUUCCUCAAUUUCUAUUUGAUCCGGCUACACAAACUCAAUUCACUCCAUCUCGUAAUCCAUCUAUCAUUCCUCAAUUUCCACUUGAUCCGGCUACACAAACUCAAUUCACUCCAUCUCGUAAUCCACCUAUCAUUCCUCAAUUUCCACUUGAUCCGGCUACACAAACUCAAUACAUUCCACCUCGUAAUCCAUCUAUCAUUCCUCAAUUUCCACUUGAUCCGACUACACAAACUCAAUUCACUCCAUCUAUCAUUCCUCAAUCUCCACCUUAUCCGUCUCAGCAAACUCAGUACACGCCAUCCCGUAAAUCUAAUGUCAUUCUUCAAUUACAGCUUGAUCCGUCUCCUCAAGACCAAUACACACUGUCUAUCAGUUUAAAUUUUCCAAAUACUUCAUUUAAUCAUUCUUCGUACGUAGUAGAGGGGAGUGGUUUUGACAUGAAAGAUUUUAUUUUAUUUAAAUAG